UGAAUUAUUUCUGGGAAUGUCUUCUAGAAGCAACAUAUCUCUGCAAACUAUGAUCCCUAUGGACUGCACCUGCUGACCUGGUCUCCAGAUGUUUAACCCAUCUUACAUUUGGGUUUGCUCACCUCUGUCCCCGACUACAUUCCCUAGACACUCUGCCCAGAUAUGACACUCCACACUCCAGUUCUUCAGCGCUGGGUUAGGGAUUUGAGUGGGAUCAUGUAGAUUGAUGGGUAUCAGUUAAACAGAGGAUAUUGGAUAAAUAUUGAGUCUGGUAUGUCCAGGAACUUGAACUUGAUUUGUAGAAGUAAAAAGAGUGAAGAAAUUAGAAAUUCAAGAAGUUGAUUCUUGGCCAAGUACAGAAGAGCCAAGUGUUUCAUGUUCCCUGUUAGGGCAGGACUAGAGACCUGAGUAUAGAUGGACCUGAGCCUAAAGAUGUGACAGGGUCUUGCUAAGCUGAAAGAAUAAAAAAAGAGGGAGACAGCCUCAGACAAGGGAAAGGAUGAGGGGGUAAGUGACAGCUUUUUCCACUGGAAGGUUUUUUGGGCCCUGGUAUUCAAAGAAACCAGCUGAACUCAGUAGACACAUGUUUGAACAUUGCCAUUUUCCUUGUAGAAUUCCUACCUAAAUUCCAGCUGAUUACUCAUUUGCCGUCUACAUAUUGCUGAAUUUUAAGAUCCUUGAGGGCAUUCUCACUGCUGUAUCCUCAACACCAUCAUCUAAAACAGAGGAACCCAACAAGUAUUUGCUGAAACCAUCAACCGAUGUAUGCAUGGGAGCUCUCUAUGAGAGGCCUCAGGCAGCCACACCAAACGAGUGUGGGCACCUACAUUUUCUAGGAAGGCUCUCCUGCUGCUCCGGGUUUCAUCAAACUGGUGUCCAUCCAGAUAUUCCCACUCAAGGUUAUUUAUGCUAGAGGAGGAAGAAUGCCCUCCCCAGUGCCAGUUCUUGGAAAAAAGAAGAAUUGUUGAUAUAGCCAGAGCCCCAACAGAAGAAAGAUUACUCUGCAACAGCUAAAGGAAAUGCAAGCUCACACUGGCACCCAGAGAGCAGAGCGCUGAGCCCAGGACCACCGCACACAAGCAGACGAGAACAGACACAGAGCGCUGGGUGCUGCCCAGGGAGGGUGACGAGACUGUCUUCUACAUUUCCACUCUCUCUGAACCCAGGUCAACUCCCUGGAUCAACUUUCAAAAUGUAAGAAGUCAGAAUGGGUGACAUCAUGAGAGAAAUAUGUGGAGCUGAUUUCGACGAGCAGUGAAGAACCCAGAGCAAGAAAGCGGCUCUAACUCCUGAGCCCAGGGAGCUGGCAGCGUCUGGGUUUCCGAGGAGCCAGCGCCUCCGAGCUGUCUUAAAACGAGGCUCUGCUACACCACUGUUCAUCUGGCUGCGAGAUCUGAGUGCUGUGACCACCGAUGUGUUGAACCAGGACUCUGAGGCUGAUAUGCAAUGUCACUUCCAACAUUAAUCAGAUACUGCAUUUAAGACUGCGACUCGGACCCCAGUCCUGACCCUGCGGAAACCUGAUGAUUUCCCUGGUUCAACACCAAGCCCCUGGAAUUGAAUGGAAAAUGCAAAGGCAUGGCCCUGCCCCCAGGGGGUUACAAUCCCAGCCUCCUACUUCUGCAGUAUAGUCCGGUCUGCUCAGUUGGUCCAGCACAACCGCCUGCUGUUAGCCACUUCUUUGCAGGGUAUAUAAUAAUCACCUUAGAUUUUAGUCCAUCCACGAUUCCACUUUGUACCUCCUGCUCUGCCGUAGACCUUGAUGUGGAAGAGAUGGAGGACUCAGAACCAAGGAUUUCUGAGUGAUUUCUCCCGGAGCACGAGAAACAAACGUUGUUAAGGCGGUCCGUUCUACCUGAGAUGACAGUCAUGUCCCUUUCCAGGGACCUCAAGGAUGACUUCCACAGUGACACAGUGCUCUCCAUUUUAAAUGAGCAGCGCAUUCGGGGCAUUUUAUGCGAUGUCACUAUCAUUGUGGAAGACACCAAAUUUAAAGCCCACAGCAAUGUCCUGGCUGCUUCAAGCCUUUAUUUCAAAAAUAUCUUCUGGAGUCAUACAAUCUGCAUCUCCAGCCACGUCCUGGAGCUGGACGAUCUCAAAGCCGAAGUGUUUACAGAAAUCCUUAAUUAUAUCUACAGCUCCACAGUUGUUGUCAAGAGACAGGAAACAGUCACUGAUCUUGCAGCUGCAGGAAAAAAGCUGGGAAUAUCCUUCUUGGAAGACCUGACCGACCGCAACUUCUCCAGUUCCCCGGGUCCCUAUGUAUACUGCAUUACUGAGAAGGGCGUGGUGAAAGAAGAAAAAAAUGAAAAAAGGCAUGAAGAACCAGCCAUCACCAACGGGCCAAGGAUCACAAAUGCAUUUUCCAUCAUUGAAACGGAAAAUAGUAAUAACAUGUUCUCUCCACUGGACUUGAGGGCGAGUUUCAAAAAGGUCUCCGACUCCAUGAGAAGCGCGAGCCUCUGCCUGGAGAGGACGGACGUGUGCCACGAGGCGGAGCCCGUGCGGACCCUGGCCGAGCACUCCUACGCCGUUUCCUCCGCGGCCGAGGCUUACCGAAGUCAGCCUGCGUGCGAACGUGCUAGCAGCCCGCCCGGGAAAACAGGUAAAGAAAGUGGGGAAGCUCCUGCCGCAAAACCGAAACCAUGCCGGAAGCCAAAGACACUCCCCGUGCCCCAGGACUCUGAACCAGCCACAGAAAAGGCGCCACCCCCUCCAGUAACCAGCAUGGAGGUUAAUCAAGAAAGGAGUCCACAGCCAGCUGCAGUUCUUUCUGGUUCAAAGUCUCCCCACAAUGAAGGGGAUGUCCAUCUUCCCCGGGAAGAUGAAAAUAAGUCCUCUGACGUUCCCGGGCCACCAGCAGCGGACAUGCCACCUCUCAUUUACAAUUGUAGCUCCUGCUCCAAGUCCUUUGACAGCAGCACUUUGCUCAGUGCCCACAUGCAGCUGCACAAGCCUACCCAGGAGCCCUUGGUGUGCAAGUACUGCAACAAAGAGUUCAGCACCCUGAACAGGUUGGAUCGGCACGAGCAGAUCUGUAUGAGGUCAAGCCACAUGCCUGUCCCGGGAGGAAAUCAACGCUUUUUAGAAAACUACCCUACCAUUGGACAAAACGGAGCUUCCUUCACAGGUCCAAACUCUCUAUUAUCUGGAAAUAGGAUUGGUGAAUUUUCCAGUACCGGAAGUACCUUGCCAGAAAUGGACCACCUGGUUAAAUUCGUUAAUGGACAGAUGCUCUACAGCUGUGCUGUGUGCAAGCGGAGUUACGUGACUUUGUCCAGCCUCCGCAGACAUGCCAAUGUUCACUCAUGGAGAAGAACAUACCCUUGCCACUACUGCAACAAAGUAUUUGCAUUGGCUGAGUACAGGACAAGGCAUGAAGUCUGGCAUACAGGAGAAAGGCGGUAUCAGUGCAUUUUCUGCCUUGAAACUUUCAUGACCUACUAUAUCCUCAAAAACCACCAGAAGUCUUUCCAUGCCAUAGACCAUAGACUUUCCAUCAGUAAGAAAACAGCAAAUGGAGGCUUGAAACCCAGUGUUUAUCCAUAUAAACUGUAUAGGCUACUGCCUAUGAAGUGCAAGAGGGCUCCUUAUAAGAGCUACCGAAGUUCUUCCUAUGAAAACGCUCGAGACAACAGUCAGAUGAACGAGUCUGCAGCCGGUCCCUAUGUCAUUCAAAAUCCACGCAGCUCUGAAUUACCUACUCUGAAUUUCCAAGACAGCGUGCACACUCUGACCCGCAGUCCAGCUGUCCCAUUGGAAACAGCCACAGGUCAGAACAGACCCACUCCUGCCAACAUCCAAAACGCAGAGGGGACCAAAUGGGGAGAGGAGACAUUGAAAGUUGAUCUUGAUAAUAACUUUUAUUCAACUGAGGUAUCAGUUUCGUCCACUGAAAAUGCUGUCCGUUCUGACCUUGCGACUGGGGAUGUGCCUGCUUUGCCUUUGAGCAAUGGCAGUGAGAACUCGGCGUCCGUGAUCAGCUACAGCGGCUCAGCACCCUCGGUCAUUGUGCACAGCAGCCAGUUUUCGUCGGUGAUCAUGCACAGCACCACUGUGGCUGCCAUGUCCAGCAACAGCCACAGAGCCCCUUCAGACCCAGCUGUCACCCAGACCAUGAAAGAUGACAGCAAACCAGAGCCAGACAAAGUGGGGAGAGUUGUCAGCAGACCCAAAAGUAUUAAGGAGAAAAAGAAAAGCAUCCCAGGUAACAGGGGAGAAAUAGUGGAGGAACCAAGAUACGUGGCUGAUCCCGGAGGGUCGCUCAGCAAAACCACUAAUGUCAUUAAAGAAACCAGUAAAAUUGAAACCUACAUUGCAAAGCCUGCUCUCCCCGGCACCUCCACAAAUAGUAACGUUGCGCCCCUUUGCCAAAUAACAGUCAAAAUUGGGAAUGAAGCCAUUGUGAAAAGGCAUAUCCUAGGAUCUAAAUUGUUCUAUAAAAGAGGGAGAAGACCCAAGUAUGAAACGCAGGAGGAGACUUUACCACAGGAGAGUGACCUGGAAACCAAGGGAGACAGCCCCCUCGGGCUUUGCCAACCCGAGUGCGUGGAGAUGAGUGAAAUGUUCGAUGAUGCGAGUGACCAGGAUUCCACCGACAAACCAUGGCGCCCUUACUACAACUACAAACCCAAAAAGAAAUCCCGACAGUUGAGAAAAAUGAGGAAAGUCAACUGGAGGAAAGAGCAUGAAAACAGAAGCCCAAGCAGUAAGUAUAAAUACCCAGCAGAGCUGGACUGUGCCGUGGGGAAGUCUCCCCAGGAGAAGGCCUUUGAGGAAGAAGAAAACAAAGAGAUGCCCAAGUUGCAGUGUGAACUCUGCGAUGGAGACAAGGCCUCGGUGGCUGGCAGCCUGGGAAGGCCCCACCGGCAUCUCACCGCCAGGCCGUAUACCUGUGAGCUCUGCGCCAAGCAGUUCCAGAGCCCUUCCACGCUCAAGAUGCACAUGAGGUGUCACACCGGAGAGAAGCCGUACCAGUGCAAGACCUGCGGCCGGUGCUUCUCCGUGCAGGGGAACUUACAGAAACACGAACGCAUCCACCUGGGCGUCAAGGAGUUCAUCUGCCAGUACUGCAACAAGGCGUUCACGCUGAAUGAGACCCUCAAGAUCCACGAGCGAAUCCACACUGGCGAGAAGCGUUACCACUGUCAGUUCUGCUUCCAGAGUUUUCUGUACCUCUCCACAAAAAGGAAUCAUGAGCAGAGGCACAUUCGGGAGCACAAUGGGAAGGGUUUCGCCUGCUUCCAGUGCCCCAAAAUUUGCAAAACAGCUGCCGCCCUUGGAAUGCACCAGAAGAAACACUUAUUCAAAAGCCCAAGUCAGCAGGAGAAAAUAGGUGAUGUGUACCAUGAAAACUCAAAUCCGCUGGAGAAUCCUCAUUUCAUGGAUUCGGAAGACAAUGACCAAAAGGAUAAUGUACAAACCAUUGUUGGAAAUGUCCUUUGAGUGGUGAUACUUAGAAAAAAAAAUCUUCAAAAAUAUAAGUUGGUGGGUUUGUUUUUUGUUUGUUUGUUUUUUUUUUAGUUAGCUGUUUUGUUUUCAGUUUUGUUUUGUUCACAUAACAAGUCAUGAAGGAGUGAAUUAUAAAAAAGAAAAUCUCAUUUGUGAAAAUUCCAGAUAAAGGAUCCCAAUAUCUACUUUGGGUUUUAGCAUUAACGUCUUGCAAAGUGCGCAAAAACGAAAUAGCUGACGCCAAUAUUCCAAGUAUCUUGUGAAAGUUUAUGAAGUUCUUAGCUGUGGUAUUUCUGCCAGUGGGGGAAAAAGAGUUUCGUUUUAGCCUAAUUUAAAACUUUCUGGUUAGUGCUAAUAGGAACUGGCUGCUAAACUGUCUUUAGUCACUGGAGAGAAUGAGGGUCAGACAUCGUGAAAAUCUCAUCUUCAUAAGUUAAAAGGUAAAUGAGCAAUGACAGUCAUUCCCAUUCAGCUUCUGCACUAUUGAAAAUUGUUUAAAUUUAAUGGAUACAUAUUAAAUACUUAAUAAUAUAGCUAAAAAUGUGUGUGAAAUGAGUAACCUAAGUAGGACAUUCAUAUAUUAGAACUACUUUUCUGCAACACAAACCUUGUAAAAUACAUAUAUAAAUCACUAUAACUUUUAACUGUCCAUGUCCCCUGUAGAUAUUUAUAAUGAUGAGCAAUAGAUCUGCAAAUAAAGAGGACUGAUGUAAAAAUCAGUAGAAAGCAUUUUGAAUAUGACUUAAGAGCAUGCGAAUGCUUUUAGGUGGAAUGCUGUUCCCUUGAUGUUACGGCUGAGCUGUUGGAGCUGGUCUAUUCAAGUCACAGAAAACAUAGGUCAUGCCUUAUCUAUGGGGGAAAGCCUUCCCAGAAUUUACCUGUGAUUACCUGUGCUGUGUAUUACUUUACUAUGGCCUCCCCUCAGAAAACAGAGAACGGUCAAAUUCUUCUGAAACUCCCUGCAGUCUUCCAUCCAUCACAAGGCCAUAAACGUGGAGGUCUGUUCCAGACAGACUUAACCAGUCUCAAGGGUUCAAGUAAAACCUGACGCUCCCAUUUCACCAAAGGAGUGUCUGGGAAAUGUAGCACCAGGCACACAUGCCGUGGUGAAUGCCCGGACACUUGAAAGGGACAGAAAGCCUAAUCCCUACAAUGAUUAGCUUUCUUGGAGAUCAUGCAACCCACAAGUAUAUACUGGUAUAAAACAAAAGGAGAGCAGAAACACACACCCUGCCCCACCCACUACGGACUUGAGUGGGCAACUGGAAGGGAUGACCUUCCUUGCCUCAAAUAGUAGCUUUGUUUUUUGGGUGAGGAGGGAGAUAGAAUAUGGAGUGAAAAGGGUCCAUCACUUACAUGACUCAGAAAUAUACCCACAAAGUCAGAUGCCUUGUCUUGAUGUUUGCAGACAUCUAGCCCCCUUGCUAAAAAAAACCCACUUAAGUUUUUUAAUGUUCUUUUGUGUUGAUCCAUACUAUCAACAUUGUCCCUCAAAGUCUAAUUGCCCUGUAGGUAGUCCAUCAUCUGGACUAGGUCCUGGGAAGCUGGAACUCACGGUUCUUACUUUUUAAACUGCCAUAAUAGGAGGCCGAGAGAAAACAUUCCUAUCCUUUGCUCACCAGUAUGAGCAGAAUCUGGAAAUCGGUUCAAGGGUAACCUGCAGCCAUUCGUGUUCAUGGAAUUUGAUAGAUGGAAACCCAAGGUUAUCCAAGUUGCAAGGUUAUCAUUCAGAAGAAGUAGCUCAGAGGACUCCUGUUUCUCCAAAUGUUGUGAUGUCUCCAUGAAGAAGACUUAAUACAGAUUUGGGUGGGCAAGAAAGCAUUUAAACACCCAGAAAAGGACAUGAUCAAAGCUGACCUUUCAAUAUUGUACUACUUUGCUAUUAGUAACCCCAAUAUUGUAUCUGCAUUUAUCUUUUGUUCAUCUACUUUCACUUACAUACAGUAUUAUGUAAUAGAGGAAAAUGGAAAAAUGCAAGCAAAUUCAACUUUAUUUUACACAUUGUAUAUAUGUAUACCUGCACUAUUCAUUUAGGUUUUGUUAAAGAGAUAGUCACAAAGGGCUUAUGAAAAUAAUUUUGAAUUGAUAAUUAGAAUAUUGACAAGCAAUCCUGUGAUCUACUAAUUGGUUUUAUCUCAAUUAGGAUUAUGAAUCAAGAAAAAUAAUUGUGCAUUUUAGUCAUUUUGAUUUGAGGUAACUCCAAAUAUAAAAUUAUUACAUGUAGUGAUGUCGCCCAGCCCUUACAUGUGGAUAUUUUUUAAGUGGACUUGUAUGCUGAUAAUUCUAGACCAAAGUAACUAUGGCAGAAUAUUUAUACAUGAAAAAAUAAUUUUGCAAAUAUUUUCUAUAAUUGUAUUAUUCGUUUAAGAUGUUGACAGCUUGUGUUAGUUUCAGGGAGGGGUGUAUAUUUUGAUAAAAAAUACUUGACUUUGUAAUUCUGUAUAGUCUACACAAUUUAUAGCAGAGCCGUUUUAAGACAGCCUUGUCACAUUUUUUGUUAAUUGUGAAAACUUUAUUAUGAGUGAUGUUUAAGUAUGCAUUGAGUACAUAAUGACCAACUAGAAUUCAAGUUAAGUGUAAACAGUGAACAUACUGUAUGCUGUACAAGAUAUAUUGUAAUUUGCUGUUUUAGCAUCUGUAUUUUGGUUAGAGAUAUUAUUAAAUGCAGAUGUCAAGGGUUGGAAAAAGUUUAAUUUUAUUUUUAGAAAUAAUGAAUAUAAAUUUGUUUUUGCUUGAUUAAAAUAGCUUGUUCCUA